GUCCUGCAAAACUUCCCGAGCCAAGUUGAAGUACAGAAUUACGAGCGAAGAGACUGCAACAGCAAGUGUCAAGCUAUCUGAAAAGAGUGUGAAGUGUAUUAUAUACGUUUAUCGUUUACGUGAAUUAUAAGUAACAGCAUUGAAUUUUGAAGUUACAUCGAAAAUCAACGACUUACACCGUUUUAUCUAAGGACUUAACGCACGGAAAUUUACAAAUUUUUACAAGACAACAAUGACGGGUUCGAAAGAAUUGAAACGACCCAUGCUAACCAUGAAAAGCAAUAAAAUAAACAAUUUUAACGAGAAUCUACCGAAUGAUGCAACAACCGAUGCUCUUAAGGAAGAGAUUCAGAAGAGUAGCGACUUGACGACUGACUAUGAAUCUACUGAUGAUUCCGAUAAAUCGACUUCUGCUUCAUUGAACAACUUCACGGACCAGCACAAGGAAUUCAUAACAAAGUGUAAAGAGGAACUCGUCAAUAGCUCUUUGCCAGUGGAUUUCGAUCAGUGGACACUUCAAGAGCAAUAUGACCAUCUCAUAAACAAUAUUAACAAAUAUUUCCCAAACAUACCCGAAUCUCUAAGAUUCGUUUUGCCAGCGAUCUUUAAAGAUGGGGAUUGCGGCCGACCGGCGAACGAAAGGCCAGAUUGGUUAGAUAUGGACAAAUUUUAUCGUGGACAACAAUUCGCCCUACGUUAUUUGACCGGCGUCGCCCUAAGCGGCCUGAUGAGUCUACUAAUGAUAUUCAACUUUGCUGACGGACUGAAGCCGCUAAUCCUCAGCCAGAAAUCCAAUACGCCGUAUCGCGCUUUCAAACGUUACUUGUCAACAAAUAGACGUUUCAUGAACUGGUACAUAAGCGAUCCUUGGCGCGAAGGAACGCAGGCCUAUCGCGAUAUCCAGAUGGUACGAAAACUGCAUCGUAACAUGAGAGAGAAAUUGUGCAAGAUAAGCGACGAUCAGAUCGAUCGGGAGAGCGAAAUUACUCAACUAAUGUGCCCGGCGUUUAAAACAAUCGCGAGGGACUUUGAAGAAACGUGUCCGACAGGGAAGAGCUGGCAAUGUCCGUAUACGAUGUUGAGGAUGAAGGGUCUGAAUCAAGGUGACAUGGCAGGCACGCAGUUCGCCCUCAUGGGCCUGAUAGUGCUCUAUCCUGAACAAUUCGGAGUGCACAACGCCAGCGAAGAAGACCUCGAAGCGUUCUGUCAUCUUUGGCGCGGACUGGGCUACUUGCUGGGCAUCGAGGAUCAGUACAACUUCUGUCGUGGCAGUCUGCAGGACGUACGCCGACGUGCCGAAGACUUCAUCGAGUAUUGGGUAAAGCCAAAUUUUCCCACAGUGACGGCAAAAUGGGAGCACAUGUCCAUCUGCGUCUUCGAGGGAAUCGGCUUCAUUGCUCUCUUCAAAAGUUAUAAAGCUUUUUUGCUUUAUUUGUGCAACGUACUCAAGCUCGACAUGCCUGGCCUGUAUAAAUCUCUUAGUUGGUCGGAGACAAUAAUGUACUGGGCGUUGAAAUGUCUAUUCUUCUUGCUAAAAUUUCCUGAUGUUUCUCGCAUUAUGAACGCGAUAUUUCAUAAGGAUCUGAAUCGAGCGACAGAGUUCGGAACUGAGAAACUUGCCACACUUGAAAAGAAAUCAUCCAAGAUCAUCCAGGAAUUUGUCGUUGCGCUUUAAAUCGUUUAAUUGAAGAUUUAAAUUUGCACAAGAUUCUAUGACUUAUUAAGUUUUCAUGUCUUUCUAUCAUAUAGAUAUUGUGAUCGAACGAAUCGUAUUUUUUUAUUAGAAGAGAUAUCUCAGUACUGUUAAAUUUAAAGUUAUGCGUUUCUUACUUAUUUAUUACGACGAUAAUAUCAACGACUAUAAUAUUUAGAUUU